AUGAAACCAGCAGCAAAUGCCAAUGAUUGUGGGGCACUUUUGGAUAAGCCACAAUUCAACAAGAUUCAUCCAACUUCCAACGGCCCUCGUCUGCGCAACAGCCCAGGUGACGCAUACACCAAACGACGCAGACGAAUGAAAUACCCCACAACACUUCCCAGGCGCCCAGCUCCACAAUCAGAAAUCACAACAAUCGCAAGUGCACAGCCACAUGAGGUAAGACUAAACGGACUGCUGAAAGGCCGCACGAUUAGGCUGCCAUGGAUAACUUUCGAGCAGGUCCUUCUAGCCAUCACAGUCGAGCUUUGGGGGUAUGGUCCUACAAGUUUGCAAGACUAG